UAAGGUUAAGAUUGUUUAUGUUUGACUUGUGAAGUUAUUGAGUAAAAACUUAAAUUAUAAAAAAACUCUAAAAUGCUGGAUAAAAUAUUAUACAACACUGUUUUGUGUCAAACAUAUUCACCAUGUGGUAAAUAUUUAAUUGCUGGUAAUAUUUACGGACAUAUCGCAGUCUUUGAUCUUGAUACAAUACUUCAUCCAGUUAUUGAGUUACUGACGCCUGAUUAUAACAAACCAAAACAUUUGCAUCUUUUAGAAAACAAAACCCAGAUUUGUAGUUUGCUUAGUACUGAAAAUUUCCUUAUUGUCGGUACAGUCAAUGAAAUAUGUGGUUGGGAUUGGAAGGCCAUUGUUCAAUCAAAAUUAAGUAAACCUGCUUGGAUUAUUAAAAUUUCCUUUCAUUCAAAAAUUGAUGAAACCGAUGUAAACAGUUUAUGGUUCAAUGAAGAAGAAAAUAAGAUUUAUGCUGGCUGUGGUGAUAAUAAAGUAUAUGUUUAUAAUUUAGAGGAUGGAAGACAUUUAAAUACAUUUGAUGGACAUAAAGAUUUCAUACACAGUAUCCAUGGAAGAGGGAAGCAGUUAAUAUCAGCCGGUGAAGAUGGUUUGGUAAUGCUGUGGGACACAAGGAUGGGAAAGUCACACAACAAACUGGAACCACAUAAAAAGGCUAACAUCUCAAGACCUGAAAUUGGUAAAUGGAUUGGAUCUGUGGCUUUAGAUGAAGACUGGAUAGUGUGUGGUGGUGGUCCUCGGCUAUCACUCUGGCAUCAGCGUUCAUUAGACGCUGUGAUGGUGUUUGACAUCCCAGACCGUGGUAUCCAUGUGUCAUUCUUCCAUGACGACUGCGUGUUUGCCGGCGGGGCUGCUAAGCAUCUGUACCAACUGAGUUACUCAGGAGAAGUCAAAGUAGAACUGCCCGUGUCGGCUACAACCGUAUACUCUGCGGCGUUAAGAACUAGCCCAAAUAAGUUGCUAGCUAUCGCCGGAUCCAGCCCAGAAAUCGACAUCUGCACCAGUUUUAAAUACAGAGAUCAAGUUUUACAUUUUAGAUAA